AUGUUUGAGUCUUGUCUUUAUUGUGUCAUUAUGUUCACCUGAGCCUUGUUUGCCUGCUUAUAUGAGCCUCCUGAUUUUCUGUGUCUGCUCAGUCUUGAUUUGACACCCUGUGAUGACUUUGCGUGAGUUUAACUUUUUUUUUUCUCUAAGAUCUUUGUUACCUGUUUUUGGAUAACUUUUGUUGGAACUGUUUAACUGCCUGGACUGAGUUUCCUUGCCUGGAGGUUUUCUGAGGUUUUUUUUUGCCCUGUUUUUGGAUAUUUUACUCAAGUAAAGACUCUUUGACUUGAACAAAUCUCUACUGAACUUCACCUUGUCUCUCCAUCUGAGUGUCUAACACCUCCAGAUGAGGACCAUUUUCUGCAUUAUCUUCAGUCUGUUUUACGGGGUAUCCUCAAAAACCAUCAAUGUUGCCUCGAAUGGGAUACUAUCUUUACAGCCCCUGGUUGAAGGAGAGAUAGAAGACAUUCUGUGGAGGCACAAUGGCAACAAGAUGGUGGAGUGGGACAAAAAGGCUGGAAACGUCAGAGAAUAUUUAAAAUUCAAGGGGCGGAUUAAGUUGGAUGUAAAAACUGGGGAUACAACUAUUAUAAAUCUGGCCAAAGAUGACAGUGGAUUGUAUGACGCAGACAUUAUAAUUCAAGGAAGGUUAAUCAGCAUAAAGCACAGAGUUAAAGUAACUGACCCUGUCACUGAAGCUAAGGUCACCUGCCUAAGCAAUGCAACACUUCACUGUGAAGCAGAGGGUGACUCACUGGACUACAGCUGGUCUGGGCCUGGACUAAAGACUGCAGAGAGAGAGGGUCAGACUGGACCACAGAUCAGUAAGGAGAACCAGGACUCAGUCUACACCUGUGUGGUGAACAACACAGUUAGUGACAGCAGUGUGACCUACCAUGCCAGUGACUGCUUUACCUCAGGAGAUCAGCUCAUCCUAGGUGUAGUGUGUGCUGUUGGUGUUAUUGGAGUCAUUGGUGCUGCUGCUGGGUUGGGCUAUUACUGCUACAAGAUCAACUCAAGAGGGCAGAAACACACUGGAAAUGAGAUCAAACAUGAGACGGAUGGAAAGAUUAUAAACAACCAAAAGAAGGAAGAGGGUGUACUAUUGCUCACUGGAAAAAGGCUAGAGGAGAGUGUGAAUGUAGGAGACAAUUCAAGUGGAAAAUCAAUUAUAACAGGCAGUCAAGCUACUCACACAGCAGCAACAAAUACCUGUGACGGGUCUUCAGACGCUGAGGAUAGAGUUACAGGUGAUGUUCAAGAUGACAAAAUGGAUACCACUGUAAGGCUCAGCAAUGAUGAUGUCACCAAUAUACCGACACAAGAAGGGCAGAAAGAGAGAAUAGGGGAAGGGGGGAGUUUAGAUGGACAAUCUUCAAAUUCAGUUCAGGAUGAACCUGCUGUUCAUGAUGGAAUGAAGCAGCAUGAAGAAAUGACCAACAAUCCCACAGGUGAAAAGAGUUAUUUAAGAGCCCUGGCAAAUAUAUUUUAUCCAAGUAUGACAAUGAGCCUAACAACUUGUAAGUUUGUCAACAAUGACCCGGGCCCCUUUAAGCAAUUAGACUCUGCACCAAGGUCUGAUGAGAGUGCUGAGCCUUCCCCAACAGUUGUAACAUGCCCACAUGCAGAUUACUCCUCUGGAUCUCCCAGACAGUCCAGAUACACUGAUGCUGUUAGAGAUGCAAAUAAGUGUUCAGGUAACAUGAAUAUGGAGGGGACCUGUGAAUAUGAGAGAGGAACAAACACAGUAACAGAGGAACAGAACCAAACCGCCGACCCGUCACUCUCUGGAUCAGCACGAAGCAUCAGGAAUGAUGACAUCAUCAACACAUUACCACAUGGAGGGCAGGAAGAGGGAAUGCAGGUUGACGAUACACACUUCAAAAGUGAAUGA